AUGGACAAAGAGAUUGUGGCCUUGGCCUUUGAAUCUGAUGCACGCGGUGUACUCGUUCCUAUUUUGAGAGACUUCAUAAGGAAUCUGCGAAGAGUUAGGCCGUGUACGCUAGAGUUGACCCAUACCAUACAGCUUCCAGCUCUUGCAUAUGAGAUUAAUGAUGAGCUUCCAACGGGCUGGCUACGCGAUUGUCUUCAGCGACUGCCAUCCUUACAGUCGCUCGUUGUGAACGCAGUCCGUGUUUUCGACUAUGGCAGCAUAAAAGCCAUCCAGAGCUCGCAAACCCAUACUCGUCAACACUACGCACUGCGGCUCCUUGACGCAUCCGCAUGUGUCAACGCCAUUCCGACUGCGUUAAUGGAGGCAAUAUGGGCCCUUCCAAACCUUGUGUACCUGGGUCUUUCGGAAACGCGAGGCGCAAAAGAUCAUAGGGUCCUGGCCCAAUUGAAAACGCUGCAGAACCUGAGGAUCCUCAAGCUGGCUAGACUUCACCUGCAAGAUGCCGAAAUUGAAAUCAUCGCGGCUUCCAUUGGCCACCGAGUGCAGAGUCUAGAUGUGAGAGACAACGACCUCACCGACGUGAGUGCCCGGGUUCUGACCGGGAAGUGCUUUGGAGAUAUGCCAGAGAUUGCAGAGCAGGGGCGAGACGGUGGCCAUAACGCUUUUUUUGAAAUCGAUGAUUUGGAGGGUCACGUUCGCAGGAAGCUCACGCGUUCCAUGGUUGGAACACUGUCCGUCGAGGAUCGAGCAGGUGAAGGUCUCACGCAUCUCUACAUGGCGCGUAACCGGCUUACGAUAAACGGCGUCGCUGCUUUACUAGGAAAAGGACGGUUACACCUGCUUGAUGUUGGGGAAAUGCCCUUCUAUUCGUCGCCAGACUCUUACGGCCGCCCCGACGGUGAUGAAGCUAGGUUUCUUUGGGCGCUGGGACGUGCGACAGUACUUCGGUAUUUGAGAAUAACCCAGGACGUUUUGGCCGGAAAUCUGGGGUCGGCGCGAGGCUCGUCACAACUGAAUCCACUGACGGACGUGGGGCCGACCAACCCCGAACGCACCACUACGGUGAACACCAAAUCAUCGAAAGCUGUUGAAGCGACCAGACCAUGCUCGCACAGCCCAGAGAAACAUGCGAAAAGUCACCUCCAUCCACUCUUGCUUCCCAAACUCCGUACACUCGUUCUAACGGAUAUCCCAUCACACACCACUAAUCCGAGAGUCGCUCAACAUCUUGCCGAAUUCAUCAAGACCGGUUGUGAGCAAUCCGCACAUGCAGCCCAGCAAGCGGAGAAGUCGUAUGCGCUUCCGCCUGGCCACUCUCGUGCAGCUGCCGAACGAGAACAUACACUCACCUUGUUUCCCUUAGAAACCAUCAACCUGGAAAUAAAGCAGAUACCAGUAGCAAGCGGAUCCACAGCAAUGUCACGCAAUCAGAAACCCUCUCCAAGUUGGUGGGAGCAUCCGACACUGUCCACGACCAAUGAUCGAGAUUCGGAUGCUUUCUGGGAGGCCGCAAGGAACGACUUCUCCUUUUUCGAAGACGACCGAGAUGCAGACGGUGGCAGAGAUGAACAGAGUGAUUCUUAUCGCAGCAGAGGAAUCGAUACCAGGCAACCUGUUGUAGAUGUUGUCUCUGAAAUAGCGCGAAGUGUAGCCGGGACUGCUAGAUCUCAGCACCUGGAUAUCUGCUACAUCGCAAAGUAA